CCUCGGCAGAGCGACGCGGGGCGGCUGGCCGGCGCGCUGACUGCGGAGCGGAGAGGCCGGAGGAUGGACUUGCCCGGGGCUGCUCGCCUUCUCUCUCUGCUGCUGGUGCCGCUGCUGCUGGGCCCUGCGCGCGGCCUGCGCAAUGCUUCCCAGAGGACGUUCAAGAUCGACUACAGCCACAACCGCUUCCUCAAGGAUGGCCAGCAGUUCCGCUACAUCUCGGGGAGCAUUCACUACUUUCGGGUGCCCCGCUUCUACUGGAAGGACCGGCUCCUGAAAAUGAAGAUGGCCGGGCUGAACGCCAUCCAGACGUACGUGCCCUGGAACUUUCACGAGCCCCAGCCAGGACAGUACCAGUUUUCUGGGGAACAUGAUGUGGAAUAUUUUCUCAAGCUGGCCCAUGAGCUGGGACUGCUGGUUAUCCUGAGGCCCGGACCCUACAUCUGUGCAGAGUGGGACAUGGGAGGAUUGCCGGCUUGGCUGUUAUUAAAAGAGUCGAUUAUUCUCCGUUCUUGUGAUCCAGAUUACCUUGCAGCCGUGGACAAGUGGUUGGGAGUCCUUCUGCCCAAGAUGAAGCCUCUCCUCUAUCAGAACGGAGGGCCCAUUAUAACCGUGCAGGUUGAAAACGAAUAUGGCAGCUACUUCACCUGUGACUACGACUACCUGCGCUUCCUGCAGCGGCGCUUCCGCGACCACCUGGGCGGGGACGUGCUUCUGUUCACCACCGACGGGGCGCACGAGAAGUUCCUGCAGUGCGGGGCGCUGCAGGGGAUCUACGCCACCGUGGACUUCGGCCCAGAUGCCAACAUCACCGCUGCUUUCCAGAUCCAGAGAAAGAGUGAGCCCAGAGGACCGUUGGUGAAUUCUGAAUUCUAUACUGGCUGGUUAGACCACUGGGGCCAACCUCACUCAAGAGUGAGGACUGAAGUGGUAGCUUCCUCCCUCCAUGACAUACUUGCCCAUGGGGCGAAUGUGAACUUGUACAUGUUUAUAGGUGGGACCAAUUUUGCUUAUUGGAAUGGGGCCAACAUCCCCUACCAACCACAGCCCACCAGCUACGACUAUGACGCCCCACUGAGCGAGGCAGGGGACCUCACUGACAAGUAUUUUGCUCUGCGGGACGUUAUCCGGAAGUUUGAAAAAGUACCAGAAGGUUUUAUCCCUCCAUCUACACCCAAGUUUGCAUAUGGAAAAGUUGCUCUGCAAAAGUUAAAGACGGUGGAGGACGCUCUGAACGUUCUGUGUCCUGCUGGGCCCAUAAAAAGCCUUUAUCCGUUGACGUUUAUCCAGGUGAAACAGUAUUUUGGUUUCGUGCUAUACCGAACAACGCUUCCUCAAGACUGCAGCAACCCCACACCCCUGUCAUCACCCCUCAAUGGAGUCCGUGACCGCGCCUAUGUCGCCGUGGACGGGGUGCCCCAGGGAGUCCUGGAGCGAAGUUACGUGAUCACUCUGAACAUAACAGGGCAAGCCGGAGCCACUCUGGACCUUCUGGUGGAGAACAUGGGGCGUGUGAACUAUGGCAGAUACAUCAAUGAUUUCAAGGGUCUUAUUUCUAACCUGACCCUCGGUUCCAGUGUCCUCACGGACUGGAUGAUCUUCCCGCUGGACACCGAGGAUGCAGUGCGCAGCCAUCUGGGAGGCUGGCAUGGCCGUAACCAUGGCCGUCAGGAUAAUAAAGCCUUUGCCCACCACUCGUCCAACUACACACUCCCGGCCUUUUACGCGGGGAACUUCUCUAUUCCCAGCGGGAUCCCAGACUUGCCCCAGGACACCUUUAUCCAGUUUUCUGGAUGGACCAAGGUACUACCUGUCGAGGCUCCAGAAGGCUCAGGCAGUGGAGUGGGAUCUCCUCGCGGGAGUGUGUGCUUCCAUUCUGUUCGCCCGUCUUCUGAACCACGCUCAGGAAUCUCGAGGUUGCUUCUGUACAGGAUGUUGUGGGUGCCCUACCCAGAAGCCUCUGCCUACUGGCACACCCCGCCUCCGUCUGCUGUGAGCGUUGGUCGCUCCCUUCCCCAGAGAACUACUCUUGGCUUAGCUUGUCAGGGAUGCCUCACUGACAUGGGGACACAAGAGACCAGACCCUGUGCCUCGAAGUGGGAUUAAUUCUGUGGUACAAUUCGCGUCUGGGAGGCCCUGUGGGAUCAGGCCAAUGCGGGGAACUUGGGCCGGUUCAUUUUAACGUGUCAGCUUGACUAGGCCACGGAGUAUCCAGGCAUUUGGCCAGCCGUUGUUCUGGGUGAGAUUAACAUUUGAAUCGCUAGGUUGAGAAAAGCAGAUUGUCCUCCCUAGCGUGGGUGAGCCUCACCCAAUCAGGUGGAGACCUGAAUAUCACAAAGAGGCCGACCCUCCCACAAGUAAAAGAGGCGAAUUCCUUCUGCCUGAGUGCUUUCAAGGUAGGACAUUGGUUUUGGCCCUGCCUUCCGACUCAAACUGAAACACUGGCUCUCCCUGGGGUUCAAGCCCUCCGACUGGAACUAUACCAUUAGUUCUUCCGGCUCUCCAGUUUGCAGACGCACCCUGCAGACC